AUGAGUCGUCCUGAUCCAUCGACCACGACCUCCCCUCUAAAACGAAAUAGGUAUUUUGUGCUUUGGACUGAAGUUGCAAGAAUUCAGAGGAUCCGACAUCCUGUGCCCCCUACACCGAUUGAGUCUGAUGACCCAUUAGGGACCCAACCAUCCUCUGCUCUUCAUGACUGCCCUGUGAUCACCGACCCUGUGCUAAAACAUGCCGAGGAUAAUAUCCCCUUAUCGGAAUCUGAUGUUCCUUCCACUGAUGUUUUUUCCACUUCCUCAAGUCAAAUGGAAAUCCCCCUUCUAUAUGUUGUUUUAUCUGUGGGUCUGAUUGUCACAGAGGUAUCUCAACCUUUGUCAAGAGAUUCUGUUACCUCUUCUUUGUCUACUGCUGAGGUUUUUCGCCAUAAAUUAUUUGGGGUUGGGCUUGGUCGUUUUCAGGCCAGUAUUGUAGAAGCUACCAUUGUGAUUAUGAAUCCUUUGAACUUGGAAUCUGAUACCCCUAGGUCUUCAUUGAUGCUUAUAAACACUUUUCCUGCUGAACCUUCUACCGAAUCGAAUCCUCCUUUGUCUAGCAUAGAUCAUAAGUUAAUUUCACUAUUUUUUAUGUAUAAAUACCUGCUUGUGAUCCAACUUAUCAAGUCUUGUUCUUUUUUUCUUCUUUGUUUGUUUAUCGUAGUGAUCCCAUAUUCUAGUAAGGAAGCUUCGAUUCCUACUUUGACUCGUACCUCCCUUCUUGAAAAUGAAUCUCACUUGACCUCGGCAGCCGCGAUCAGAGCCUCUGAGCUUCGAUGGUUGGUGCAGGAGAUCAUUCCAUCCUUUGUUCAUGCUUUAUUGAACUCUGCAGACUUCGCAGAUCUCAAUGUUGCAGUACAGACAACUGCUAUUCAGCUUGGUCUUCACCAGACAUGUAUGGAAAUGAAGGAGAAAUACGUUAAUGCUUUGGAAAGGAAAAAUGUCAUUUAUUUGUAUCCCAAUGUGCAACAUCAAGUGUUGGAUCAGUUCUCGAGCAUGAUCACCCACAUGUAUUACCUGUUCGGGAUUUUAGAAGGAGUUGUUGUUGACCUCGGUAUUUUGAAGGAAAAGUUGGGAGUUUUGGACCCCACUUCGAAUCCCAAUGGUGCUUCUGGUAGUGUUUAG